AAAGAGUAGAAAAGUGUAAACAUAUAUAAACCUAAACUUCGAUGAUGAUGUGAGUUGAGUUUUAUAAGAAAUUCUAAAAGGAGUAAAUAAAUUAAUAAGCUAAAGAGAAGGGUUAUAAUAUUCUUAUUCUUCACUAAAUGUCAAAUAAUAAAAGUGUCAUGAUUAAUAAACAAUAAGCCACUGAUGUGACAAGUGCAUCCACAAUGGGAUAAGUGGGAGGAUGUGCGUUAGUUGUAAUUUAUUAUUAAAAUAAUGUAAGAGGUUAAGUUUAUAAAUAAAGAAAAAGACUAACCGAAAUCGUUGUCAAGCUUAAAGUUGCUGCUUUAUUCAUCUUUGUUUCUGAGGAAGACACGUGUAGAUAACACCCGAGUGUUAUCACACAGCCGGAUUCAGUCUCCAAACGCACUAUUCCCUUAUUUUUGAUUUUUUUAUUACUCACACCCCUCUAAAAAUUAUCCCACUGUGUUUGCUCUAAGAGUAAAAGAUUUUUACUCUAUUUAUUUCUCCAAUUGGUGUUACUUUGUUUGUGGCAUGCCCCUUGUGGCCUCAAUUUCUACUCGCUCAUAUCAAAAUCUACUCUAGACUCUAGUCAAAAAUCAUUUUGUAUAAAAUAUUUUAAUUAAAACUGAAUAAUCCAGAAAGGUAUAUUUUAAAACUGUUUAAAUAUUUGUGAUGCUCAAACUACUAUACAUAUUUUUCGUAACUCAUCAAUGAAUCAUGCAUAAUUUUUUUUCACAAUAAUACUUAAAGGACACUAUAAUCUGUACAUGGACAUAUAAUUUUUUUUUUUAAGGGUAAUCACAAUAAUCAUUGCCGUUCACUUCCGUACGUUCCAUGCUUUUGGGUCUCUCUCUACGAGUGAUUGAAGUGCCUCAAAUAAAAGAAGAGUUUUAUUGAAUGGAGUGGAACAUCUAAUCUCUAAUUAAUAAUUAUAUAACAUCUGACGUAAAGGGCCAGGUUAUAUCUAUGAUAUAUAUAGGAGCUCCUGAUAAUAAUCAAAAACAUAACAGUUGCAUAUAUAGAGUGAAGGUAUAGGGAGAAGAAAGUAGUGUAUUAAGAAUGGGGAAAGGAAGAGCACCAUGCUGCGACAAGAACAAAGUGAAGAGAGGGCCAUGGAGCCCUCAAGAAGAUCUCACUCUCAUCACUUUUAUUCAAAAACAUGGCCAUCAAAACUGGAGAUCUCUUCCCAAGCUUGCUGGGUUGAUGAGAUGUGGGAAGAGUUGCCGACUGAGAUGGAUAAACUAUCUGAGACCGGACGUGAAGCGAGGUAACUUUAGCAAAAAGGAGGAAGAUGCCAUCAUUCACUACCAUCAAACCCUUGGAAACAAGUGGUCAAAGAUCGCGUCCUUCUUGCCCGGAAGAACGGACAACGAGAUCAAGAACGUGUGGAACACUCAUCUCAAGAAACGAUUAAUCACUCCAUCUUCUUCCUCAAUCUCUAGCACUCAUGACCAAAGCACAAAAGCAGAUCAUGACAAGAACUGUGACGGGGCUCAAGAAGAAAUGCAUUCAGGGUUAAAAGAGAGCCAAGACUCAGCUACUUCGUCACAUCCCCAAGGCGAGUGUAUGCACACAAAACCAGAGCUUCAUGAGGUUAAUGAACUCAACGAGAUCCAAUUCCUGCUCGACCAUGAUGACUUUGAUGAUAUAACCUCUGAGUUUCUUCAGGAUAACGAAAUGUUAUUUCCGCUAGACUCUCUUCUUCAUUACCACGAAUCUCACAUUUCAACCACAUGCGGAGUGACUCAAGAGGUGGUAACCAAAUCGCAAUCAUCUGAUCAUCCUCAACUAGGACGUAUCCCAUAUGGAUUUGAGGACACAAACGGAGAAUCCAACUUGUGGAGACAGGUGGUUGAAUCAACCACACAUACACCUAGUCUUAACAAUGAGUACGACGAGUGGUUCAACUUCAUCGACAACCAAACUUACUUUGAUGAUUUUAAUUUCGUCGGAGAAGUAUGUCCAUGAAUGCAAUGAUAUAUACAUGACCAGGGUUGUCUCCACUUUUGAAUGUUGAGUAUAUUAAUUACUAUAAUUUCAUGGAUUAUACAAAGUAAAGUAUAAUUGAAAUUGAGAAGAUGCAUGUUUUAUGAGAGCCUGUUCGUUUUUGGCUAGAUUCACCUAAACAACUCUGCUCUUCCCCGUCCUCGAUUCUUCUA